AUGGCGUCAAACAUUGGCGAAUUGAGGCUACUAUGGUUGUUGUUGAUCCUGACGAUUAUUCUUGAUGGCUCGCUGGCGAUGAGAAAGGUCAGCAGGGCUCCAGUUGGUUUUCGGUAUUCCAAGGAUUUGAACGCGGAAGCUACAGGUCAUGGAGGCGGCGACAGACAUCGCGAAGAGGGCACCGGCUCGAAGCACGAUGAGGACCACCAUGACACGCACGGCCAUAAGAACGAUAAGGGUUACAAGACUUUCCACGAAUUCGAGAAGAACGACAAAGGACACCACGAUAAGGAGAAGCACAAGCAGGAGUAUGACGAGGAAGAGGGUGAGGAAAAGAAGAACCACGAAGAAGCUGGCCAUUAUGGUGAGAAUCAUCACGGUGAGGAGGGUGAGAAGAACGCGAAGUUUGGCGAAGAAGGAAAGCAUCAAAAGGGAUACAGUACGAAAGGAGAACACAGCGUCUUCAAGAAGGAUGAAUACGAGAAGAAACACGAUUUUUAUGACGAAUACCACGAGGAUGGAGGAAGCGAGAAGCACGGUGGUUGGCAUGAGGAACACGAGGGCAAGAAGGGUGGCCAUGAAAAGAAAGGAUCUUUGCAUUCGGGACAUCACGAGGGUCAUCACGGUGCGGAAAAGAAACACGAGGGAGGUCACCAUCAUCACGAGAAGAAGGGUCACAAAUCGGCAGAGGGGCACGACAGUCAUCACGAGCACGACGAGAAACACGGUCAUAAAGAAGGACAGACGUCAGGACAUAAAUGGUCAAAAUCAAAUCAUCAUUGA